UAGUUUGUGUUCAGAAUUUCAAGUCAAAAGUCGUACGCAGUAAUUAAACGUAACUAAAUUUAAUUUUUUUUUCAAUUUUUGUUUUACUUAUAUAAAAAAAGUUAACCAGAAAAUCAAAAUAUUAUUAUGGAGCAUACUUGGGUUUCGACUAACGUCUAUGAGAAUUUACCCCAAUUUGCAAUACACGCUGGCCACGACGUUGAUGGUGACGCUAUUUAUGUAGGCAGAGCUCAUCACAAUGGCGAAAUGUUGCCUGCUAAAGUGCUACCGAACAAAAAAACGGCUUACGUUGCCUGGGGCGGUGCAGAGCAUGUAAAACAUGAUGUGGAAAUAUUGACAGGACAUCAUUACGUUUGGGUACCAGCCAGUGGGGGAAGUGUCCCACCUAAUGCUGUAAGUGUAGGUCAUACAGGCGACGGUGAACCGCUGUACGUGGGUCGUGCCGAUUGGUGCGGAAGUUUGACUCCAGGCAAAAUUCAACCUUCACAUGGCUGCUUGUAUAUUCCUUUCGGCGGCGGAGAGCAUAGGAUAGAGCAGUACGAAGUCUUAACACAACCAGAAACUUGGGUUUCCUCUUCGGGCAAUAACAUUAUACCGGGCACUGUUUUUGCUGGUAAUGAUACUGAUGGUGAUGAAAUCUAUGUUGGUCGUGCAUAUCAUGAGGGAGAUUUACUGCCCGCUAAGGUUAUACCAAGUAAAGGUUGCGCUUAUGUUUCACACGGUGGCCAGGAACAUACAAAAUAUGAUUUUGAAUUAUUGGCCGGUUAUGGUUAUGGUUGGGUACCCGAUUGUAAUGGCAGUGUACCGGUCGGCUCUGUCAUGUGCGGCCGUACGGCUGAUGGGGAACCCUUAUAUAUCGGUCGUGGUCAUUGGGGGGGCAGCUUAACUCCCGGUAAAGUUCAUCCAUCACAUAGCUGCCUUUACAUACCAUUCGGUGGGCAAGAAGUGCGUAUACAAAAUUAUGAAGUUUUAGUUAGAUCUUGAACUAAGUUUUUCCUAUAAUAAAUAUUUUAAAGGUAUCUUCAUGAACAAUGUAUUAAGAAUUUUAAUAAAUUUUUUUUUUUUAAUAAAAUGAGUAAACGAAUAAAAAC